AUGAAAGACUCUAUGCUUUAUCGCAAUCUCGGAGAUUCGGGUCUCAAAGUUUCAGCUCUUUCAUUUGGAAACUGGCUUACAGGGCAUACUCCAGAAGCUGAAGAGUCUCAAUUUCAAUGCUUCUCAAAAGCAAUUGACUCAGGUAUAAAUUUCUUCGACACAGCAGAGCAGUAUGGAAACGGCACAGCAGAAUCUAUUUUCGGCAAUAUUUUAAAGCGAGGUGACUGAAAUCGUGAUGAUUUAGUUAUAGCGACCAAAUUUAUUAAUUGUGGUAAAAAAACUGGAUUAUCCAGAAAAAGAUUGAUUCAAGGUAUGAAAGCAUCCUUAUCUAGGCUUCAGCUAGAUUUUGUUGAUGUGAUGUAUCUGCAUAAACCUGAUUAUGAAACACCUAUAGAAGAAACAGUUAGAACAGUUAACCAUUUAAUUGAAAAAGGAAAAGCAGAUUAUUGGGGAACUUCAGAGUUUUCUGCAUACGAAAUCCAAGAAAUCCAUAAAAUUUGUGACAAGUAUGGGUUUAUACACCCAGUCACAGAGCAAGUGAAGUAUAACAUGUUUGUCAGGAAUAAGGUAGAGGUAGAUUAUGUUCCUUUAUACGAACGCUAUGGAAUGGGAGCUACAAUAUUCAAUCCUCUAAUGGGAGGAAUCCUUUCUGGGAAAUACAAUGAUUUAAACUUUCCAGAGGGAUCAAGAAUCUUAGACCCAAAUUUGACCCCUGGGAAUAGAAAAUUAAUGCAGAGCUUUUUCUUGCCAGAAAACAGAGACAAAACUAGAAGAAUGUUUGAAGGGUUAGCAGGAAUUAGUCAGGAGCUGGAAUGCACACAAGCACAAUUAGCAAUUGCUUGGUGCAUCAAGAAUAACGAUGUAAGCAGCGCGAUAUUUGGAGCUACCAGGCCUAGUCAAGUUGAAGACAAUAUAGGAGCUGUUAAUGUUGUUGGAAAACUGACAGCUGAUGUUCUGGGCAGGAUUGAGGAAAUCAUAGGAACAAGACCUCAACCACCUAUUAAUUGGAGAACUUGGACACCCAUGGCUCCAAGGAGAUAA